AGCAUAUAUUUAUUAAAAAUCUCAUAAAACAUGUUUAUUAUACCAUAAAAAGCAUUUCAAAAAGAAACAUCUGUUUGAUUCCUUCUAAAUUUUAUUAUUUUACUUUUCGCAAAAUAAAGGAUAGUGUCAAAACGUUAAGUUCGAAUCGUUAAUGCGGUUUUACUGUGCCAUUGAAGAUACUAUAUUCUAGUUGAGAAAUCAAAGUAUAUAGAUUUAUAAAAUGUCAUCAGAGAAGUUGCAAAAGUUGGACGAAGAUAUCGCCAGAUUGGAUAAAAUAAUCAGAAAGACAGAGUCUUUCACCAACAAUGAAUAUGAUUAUCCAGAAAUGAACAAGGACCAAGCAACUGGAGGGACGCAGACAGAAAAAGAAUUAAGUAAUCCCGUUAAAAUUGGGAAAGUUGAUAAAAUCAUUAUGGAAAACAAAAAGCUAAGAGAGCAGAUCAACAAACUAGAAACGACUGUAGCUGUUCUCAAUUCAACCGCAGCAAGCAAAGAGAAUAAUCUCCAUACUGUGCUCAAGUCGCAAAAAGAAUUAGAAAGAGCGUUGGCAAAAAAGGUAACAGAGCUGAAACACAUCAUCACGGAGUCAGAAAAAUACAAGGACUCGGCAUUCGGCAGGAUAGCAUUCCUGGAACAGACCUGUGAGAAACUGAUGAGGAAAAUCACUGUACAAAAUGAUGAAUUGGCUGCUGUCAAAGAAAAAUACAGUCAACUUAAAAAGAAGAUUUUUGGAACAGAGAAGAAAAACAACAAACUAAAAGAACUGCAUAAAAAUGAUGAAGAAGAAACAAAGACACAUGAUGCGAAAGUCAAAGUAAAUGACAAAUCUACUAGCAAAGUGGAAAUGGUAAACAAAGAGGUUCAAGUACAGGGAAUCUUUGAUGAUUAUUGUUAUGACAACAUAAUAGCUAACUUAUUUUUUCUACCCUCCCCUCCAUCUUCACCAGUUAGCUCAAGAUGUACAUGGAAAUAGUAACCAGGAAGCUUUUGAUUUGAACAAGAGGAAAUUUUACAUUUAAAAGGAGUAUUUAGAAGAUUUGAAUGAUGAGGCGGAAAACAUAAUAGAAAAAUUGAUUACAAGAUUUUACAAAAUAGUCCAAGGAUAAAAACAACCGAACAAUUCGUACAUAUUUUAUACACAUUUCUCAGUCUCUAUCUGAGUCAUCGGUCAACAAAUCGUCUCCACUCUCACUCUCCAUCGUUUUAAUAUCCUCGUGGUGGAAGGCGAGCACCUCACUGUCGUCCAGGUGUGAGCAUCCUUCCACAAAUUUGGCAAACCUGAAAUACUUGACACUGUCGACUUUGUUCACUUUUUUUUAUAAGUUGUAAAUUGAUGUCACACCUUAGUGGGUCCUUCAACUUUAAAACAGUCUUCCAUUGAUUGCAAUCUGGACUCGAACAAUAACCACGCAAAUCAUCCAGUGCUCUCUCGGUUUCCAUUACUCCUUGCUGGUGAUAUUCAUCCUCGG